UGGGAGCGCAGGUGCGGUUCCGUGUCAAGAUGGCUGCCGCCUGUCGGUCUGCGGCUUGCCUCCGUCCCUGCCUCCUCUGCCGCCUACCCGCCGGGGCCCAGCUGCUGCGCGUUGCCCUGUGUCUCCUGUGCUGGGUCCCGGCGGCUGUGGACGCAGUCCCUGAGCUCGGGCUUUGGACGAGGACGAUCAAUGACAAAUCAGGACCAUUGAUAUUCAGGAAAACUAUGUUUAACUCUACUGAGAUCAAGUUUUCUGUGAAGUCGUUCAGUUGUUCUGGACCUGUGAAGUUUACCAUAGAGUGGCAUCUGAAGUAUCAUACCUGUCACAAUGAAUACCCUGAUCUGGAGGAGGAGCUGUUCCAAAAACAUGAACUUCAUGCUGAUACAGACAUCUGUGCUUACUUCAAAAACAUUGACUGUUGGACAACAAAAAGUGAAAACUUAGAUUGCAGCAGUGAUUCACAGGCAUUUCCUUCAGUAAAUAAUAAAGUACUAACAGGUAUCAGAAACAUUUCAAGCCAGGAAGGAUCAACGGAUGUUGUAGCCAGGACCCAGAAAGAUGGCUUCCAUAUCUUCAUUGUUUCUAUUAAAACUGAGAAAACAGAUGCAGUCUGGGAUUUAAAUGUUUCUCUUUCUAUGGUGGGUCCUCAUGGGUACAUCUCUGCAUCAGACUGGCCUCUCAUGAUUUUUUACAUGGUGAUGUGUAUUGUUUACAUAUUAUAUGGUGUCCUCUGGCUACUGUGGUCUGCCUGUUACUGGAAAGAUAUAUUAAGAAUCCAGUUCUGGAUUGCAGCUGUUAUUUUCCUAGGAAUGCUUGAAAAGGCAGUUUUUUAUAGUGAAUACCAAAACAUCAACAGCACUGGACUGUCAACCCAAGGUUUACUGAUAUUUGCGGAGUUGAUAUCUGCAGUUAAGAGGACAUUGGCUCGCCUGCUUGUGAUCAUUGUGAGCUUAGGUUAUGGCAUUGUGAAGCCUCGGUUAGGAACAGUGAUGCACCGGGUGAUUGGACUGGGACUGCUUUACCUGAUCUUUGCAGCCAUCGAAGGCGUCAUGAGAGUCGUCGGGGGCUCUAAACAUUUAGCUGUUGUUUUGACUGACAUUGUUUUAGCCGUUAUUGACUCCAUUUUUGUGUGGUUCAUUUUUAUAAGUUUGGCACAGACUAUGAAGACUCUAAGGCUAAGAAAAAACACAGUGAAAUUUUCAUUGUAUAGGCAUUUUACAAAUACGCUCAUCUUUGCUGUGCUGGCUUCUAUAGUGUUUAUGGUGUGGACAACAAAGACCUUCAGGAUCGCAAAAUGCCAGUCAGACUGGAUGGAGCUGUGGGUUGAUGAUGCAUUUUGGAGUUUCCUCUUUUCACUCAUCCUUAUUGUGAUAAUGUUCUUAUGGAGACCAUCAGCAAAUAAUCAGAGGUAUGCCUUCAUGCCCUUGAUAGAUGACUCUGAUGAUGAAGUUGAGGAAUUCAUGGUAACAUCUGAAAAUUUAACUGAAGGAAUAAAACUAAGAGCCUCAAAAACGGUUUCAAAUGGAACAGCUAAGCCUACUUCCGAUAACUUCGAUGAAGAUUUGAAGUGGGUGGAAGAAAAUAUUCCCUCUUCGUUCACAGAUGUAGCUCUCCCAGUGUUAGUGGACUCAGAUGAGGAAAUUAUGACCAGAUCUGAAAUAGCUGAAAAAAUGUUCUCUUCAGAAAAGAUAAUGUGAUCAGGGCCCCAGUGGGUCCGGUGUGCAUGGGAGCAGGGUCAGGUGAUGGGAAAAGCCUGGAUCUUGUUAAACUGACAACUUCACUAUGGUACAGUUUCACUUUGUUGUCUUGGAGACCUUUGUAUGCAGAUGAAGAAUUCAGGUGUGGAAGGGUCUACCACCCUCAGAAACUGACUCAUAAAGUCAGUUUCAUUGCCAUUAUGUUGCCUGAUUUUGGAAACAACUUAAGAAGUGAUAAUAACGUGUGUUCAGAUGCCUCUUAGGCGGCAGCCACAGGCAUGCCAGGUUAUGUCUCUCAGUUUUCUCCGGAAAAAAGAAUACGCAGCUGGGCAUGGUGGCACACUACUGGCAGUCGAAUCUCUGUAAAUUCAAGGCCAAGCCUGGUCUACAUAGUUCCGGGACAACCAGUGAGAGCUACAUAGUGAGACCCUGCCUCAAAAAACAAACACCAAAAAGAAAAGAAAAGAGUCUCUGUGAACAUUCCUUCCCCUCAACUUUGAGAUAACAGGAUUCUCCUGAAUGCUAACACAGCGGUGUUCAUCUUUUGUAGUGAUAAUUUUAUUCGAUUUUUUAUACUGAAGUGACAAUAUCGGAACUCGAGCAUGUUCAUAUAUUUAAUCUUGCCCCUUUCGUUGGUGUACACAAAGCUCUUGUUUGUAAAUACUACCACGCACUACACGUCACGGACUCUGAACUUGGGAACACGUGUGUACAAAGAGACAUUCUUGAGGGUAUGUCCAAAGACUUGCAGGCCACAGGUACGCGUGCUGCUGCUACUUCUGCUGUGAACCUGGCCACGUGACUUCCCCUAUAGCACUUUAUCCCAGCCCGGGGUGCACUGUUUCUUGUGAGCUUUGUGGAGACUUGUGAAGUGCCAGUUCGUUACACACAUCUAACCAUACCAUGCAUCAACUGUAUUUUACACCUUGUUAAAUUAUGUUUAUAAUGUAUGAUUGAAAGUUUCUAUUCUAAUAUUUUUUGAAUAUAGAAUGUUCUAGACCUAAAAGGCACUUGAAUGUAGAGUGAUGAAAAUGUGAACGUUUUGCCACUUUUGUGACCAAAGAUACCAGGCUGUACAUGCAGUGUGGGAAUGACAGGCAGGGUCCUGUAUGCCUUCUCUCUGGAGGACUUUGGCCUCGUGAGUUAGAAUCACUUGGGAUAAUUGAGAAGACAUCAGCAUGACGAGGAGGAGCACUGUCCAUAGCUGUGAUGAUCUCCACUGUGGCACCACAAAACAAACCUUUUCCUUUCAAAUGCCACUUUCUGAGUUUAUUUCCUGCAUACUCAUUUCAAAAGGGUUGGUAGAGAUAUAUUUCUAUAGUUGCGUGUCCAUUUUAGGUUUAUCAUAGUCCACCUUCUAACCCAGUUCUUUGAAAACUAGGGGUGUCUUGCAGGGGGAAGAGCAUUGCAGGGUGUCCCUGUGUAGCUCAGGCUGAGGUUGGACUUGUGAACCUCUUGCUAAGAUUAUAGGCAUGCACCACCAUGGCCCACUUGACGUUUGUUUUUAAUGCCCUGUCCUCACAGCAUGAAGCAGCUGGCCCUCAACCACAUGCCUGCACUGGAAUAUUUCCUCUUAGAGCCAGCAGGAGCUACACAUUGAGCAGGGUGUGAGUCUGCAGUUGAUGACUGGGGAAAUGAUUCUGACACCAUCGCAGUGAUGUUUCUAGAAAACGAGCAAAGACAAAUAAUGCUGCCUCGGGCAUAGCUCCAGGCUGAAAUGAACUCUUUCCUUCCAUCCAGAGAAAGUGGACUUCCAUCUUAACCUCUUUAGAAGUGUUUUUGCAAGCAUGUGUGUGAUGUUUGUUUCAUUUAGUGAUAACUGUGCCAGGUGCUGAUGUCCAGUGCCCUAAGGUGAAGGUUUCUUGGGGCCCAGCAUGUGUCCCUGUGCUGUCACUGUAGAGCACAAGGAUGGGAGGACCACCAUGCAGCUCCUCAGCCUCCUUCCCUGUCUGCCUCAAGUCUGCAGACUUUGCAGGUGCUCAGCUGUUUCUGUUCAGGAUGCUGUUGGGUGGGCCUGUCUUUUCAUUGAGAAGGCUAAGGAUAAGGCUCCAGUUGUGUUCAACACUUCUUGUUAUACAGUUCAUGGUAGAUUUGGAGGCAUAUGAAGUUUGAUUGAGACUUUUUUUUUCAUGAUUUGAAUUAGGUUAAUAUUUAAAAAUCUGCAUUUCAGUAAGAAACAGGAGGUGGAAAGUGUAAGCUUGGGAGAUGGUUCCAUGCAUUUCUUGGGGUUUUUUGUUUGUUUUUUGGGUUGGUUUUUGUUUUUUCCUAUCCUGUGGAGAGUACCACCUGUAUCACGGUACAUCAUGUUUAUACCACUCCUGUAAUGUCAAGAUUAAGCUUAAAGUAUACAUACAGAAUUGAUUUUAAUACCCUCUGGAAGGGUUGGGCCUAUUGCCCUGGCUGCACAUGACCGAAGCUGAGAGAGAUCAUGCUAUGUUUUGUCUCUCGUUCUGAUAUUUGUGUCUUUGUAUGAUUGACAGCAUGCAGUAAGCAAUACAAAACACCAAGCCUUACAUCUAUCAGAAAGAAGUUUAAUAUAUAAAAUUCUGAACAUAUAAAUGUAUAUAAGUGACAAAACUAGAUUUUUAAGGAAGUGUAUGCUAUAGAACAGGAACUCAAUACUGUAUUCAGAAGCUUCUUUAGAAUUAGGAAAACAUUCAUUUCUUUGGGGAGAAUGUUUAGAGGUUAAAAAUAGAUUCUCUAUUUUUAAAAGUUAAAUUAUAAUUUGGGAGAAAUUUCUUUGAAUAUAGAACACAGCAAUUUAAAGGACUUUUGUUUGAAAUUUUGUAUUUUGUGCCUUAAUAUUUGUUUUUUUAAAAUAAAUUGUUUUCUGACAUUUGGA